AAUUCCACGAGCAUUGCGUGUAAAUAGACUAUGAUUUCAUCCUCACUCUUGCUCUCCCUAUAUGAGGAAGCCAUUGAAGCAGCUUCUAACUCAUCUUCUUCUUCUUCAACUUGGCAAUCACAAUGGCUGGUAGCGCUACCAUGUCUUCUUCUCCAUUGUGUCUCCUCGUUUUUGUGUUCAUACUCAGUUUAAGCAGCGUUCAACCUUCAUUGGCACUGUUCGAGACAUCCUCUGGUCGGGAACAAGAUCUAACAGUGGAAGAGGGCGCUGCUGUUUACGUUGCGCUCAACAAUCUGCUCGCAACCUUCAAUGGGUUCGACACAUCAAAAUGGUUUAACAGCGGGUUCGCCUAUGCAAACGUGCUGAACAUUAAUGGCAAGCGAAUCGCCAUCAGAUAUGCACGUUGGACUCAAUUGUGCACCGUUGGCACGUGGGAGAAUGCCAGGGGAGACUUAGUGUUGGAAGAUUUCAGAACGACCGUCACAUAUCUGAGGCCUUACUUACUUCAAGGCUACUCUUGGGCCGCCGUCUCCAAUGGCUACGCUUGGCUCGAUUACUAUCUCCUCGACAAGGAUGAAGCCACUCUUCAACUGCCUUCAUUCAAUGUAAGUAAUCCAUUUGCUGAUGCUGAGCAUGAGUUUAGCACAGCUGCUUCAAGCAAUGGGGAAUACCUUUCUUCUUCUUCUACUUCUGCUGCUGCUUCUUCUCUUGUGUCAACUGUGUCAAGAUUUUCCCCUGUUGAGAAGACUGGGUUUUUACACUGUCCCAUCUCGCCUCUUCUAUUGCUGAGCCACAACAGUGGCAUUUGGGACGUUCUGAAGGCGGGUGAGUACUUGACAUCUUCCAACAAGAGAAUUCGAUUAACAAUGCAGAGGGACUGUAAUCUGGUGUUGAGUGAUAAACAGAACAGUGAAGUGCUGUGGAGCAGCAAGACUUCAGGGCGUGGGAGCAGAUGCUUUCUACGUCUUCAGUCGGAUGGCAACUUAGUUAUAUACAAGGGCGAUGGUGAGGGUGCACUGUGGGCCAUCAAUCAGGGUUGUGGACGUGGGUGUGUAAAGUUUAGCUCUCUGGUUAUUGAGGAUGAUGGUAAUCUGGUUUUGUAUCGCAGUCAAGAAGGCAGGCUUAACCGAAUGUGGGCUACUAACACCAAGGUCUAACUGCAAGUCUUUCACAGUUGGGAUUUUUGGGGAUUCUCUCUUUAUCUCUGUCUUUCUACCGCAGUGCGUGUUAUAUUAUUUUAAGUUGCAUGUAAUUUCUUCUUUCUACCAGAGUGUGUGCUUAUCUACCUAUUAUGUCUGUAUCCAUCCACCAGAGUGUGUGCUUAUCUACAUAUUCUGUCUGUAUCCAUCCUUGACUGCAAUCACUUGCAGUUCUGCCUCUUCCCAACCGAAUUGUCUAUGCAGCACCCAAAAUUUAUGCUUAUCUACAUAUAUAGAUAAACAUUAAACAUUAAGAAUUUGUGGAGUCUA